AUGGGCGAUACAGGUGUUGAAACAAAGAAGAAAGCGAAUCGACAUAUCGCCCGUUGCUGGUGCGGAGUGCGACGCGAUUCCUCUCAAUUUCGGCGAUGUCGUGGCGAUAUCGCCCUAGAGACAAAUAUUCUCGAAAUACUUGCCGCUGUUGGGUGCCUCAUUUGCACUAAACUCUGUCGACAGGUGAGGUCGACUCCAAACUGUCUACUGGUCUCAACAAGAUCGACGCCUUCCGAUAUGCCGCCAAAGCAGAGAUCACAGCGUGGAUCAGCUAGAAAAGCACCAGCAUCAAAAUCAAGUGCCGAGAAAGGAGGCGAAAAGCAAGAAGGCGGUGCUCCAGGAGGUGGCGACGGCGGAUCUGCAACCGACAAAAUCUCGGAAUACGCAAUUAUGAUUCUUGUAGCGAUUCAAAACGCAUGCAUUGCCAUUCAAAAGUUUUUGUACAAUCUGUAUCUCGUCAUCAAAUUUUGUUGGGAAAAACCAGAUGUUGCAUGGGAUCUUAUCUCCACUACGUUCCAUCUGAUUAAAGUAUCUAGAGAUGCAGGGCUGUGGUCGUGGAGCCAGCUUUGGGAUGUGAGUGCAUGA